UUCUGAUUCUUUGAGAGAGAGAGAGAGAGAGAGAGGGAGGAAGAGGUGCGGAUCCCAAAUCACCGACUGCUGCUUUCGUCCUUUCCAGCUUCUUCCUUCGAUUCUUCCCUCCUCCGCUCAGAGAUUCGUUGAACGUGGAGGAGGUGGUGGUGGCGACGGCCGAGGCGGCGAUCGUCGUCCUCGUCUGAAACGGAAGGGGAAUGGACACACUUAGGAAACAAGCAACAAGACUACGGGAACAGGUCGCCAAGCAACAACAGGCAGUUCUCAAACAAUUUGUUGGAGGUGGUUAUGGAGGUUCAGAUAAUGUCAUCACCGACGAGGCAGAACUUCUACAACAUCAAAAACUUGAGAAACUAUACAUAUCCACUCGAGCAGGAAAGCAUUUUCAAAGGGACAUCGUUCGUGGUGUGGAAGGUUUUAUCGUUCAUGGAUCCAAGCAAGUAGAAAUUGGAAACAAGUUGUCUGAGGAUAGUAGGAAAUAUGGAAUUGAUAAUACCUGUACCAGCGGUGGUACCUUGGAAAAAGCUGCAUUAAGUUUUGGUAAAGCUCGUUCUCAAAUAGAAAAGGAGCGUGGCAAUCUGCUCAAGUCCUUGGGGACACAGGUUGCAGAGCCAUUAAGAGCCAUGGUAAUGGGUGCACCAUUAGAGGAUGCUCGGCAUCUUGCUCAACGUUAUGAUAGAAUGCGGCAAGAAGCUGAAGCACAGGCUAUUGAAGUAUCAAAGCGCCAAAUGAGAGCCAGAGAAGGAACUGGAAAUCCAGAUAAUAUUUUGAAGUUAGAAGCAGCUGAAGCAAAACUUCAGGAACUUAAGUCAAACAUGGCUGUAUUAGGGAAAGAAGCAGCAGCUGCAAUGGCUGCCGUUGAAGCCCAGCAACAAAGGUUAACUCUUCAGAGGCUUAUUGCCAUGGUUGAAUCAGAGCGUAUUUAUCACCAGAGAGUACUUCAAAUUCUUGAUCAGCUAGAAGGAGAGAUGGUAUCUGAACGCCAGCGUAUUGAAGCAUCUCCUAUUCCAAAUGUUGAUAAUACACCUCCACCUCCUUCAUAUGAAGAGGCUAAUGGCCUAUUCACGUCUCCAGCUCAUGAUAAAUUUGCUGAAAAUGUUUCCUACUUCUUGGGGGAGGUUAUGCAUCCUCAUCAGGCUGAGUCCGACAUUGAACUUAGCUUGUCUGUUGGUGACUACGUUGUUGUCCGAAAGGUAUCUAACAAUGGCUGGGCCGAAGGUGAGUGCAAGGGGAGAGCCGGGUGGUUUCCUUUCGAAUAUGUUGAAAGACGGGACCGUGUUCUUGCAAGCAAGGUGGCUGAAGUCUUCUAGAGUUUCUUGGAUUGAAUGGUCAUCUUUUGCAUCUUCAGUUGCAUCUGUUGAUAAAGAGAAACAGUACGUCAUACGAAUAGGGGAUUUUGUUGGUUGUAAAUUUGCUCUCUCAACAUAAUAUUAUUUUACUUCAGGGCUUAGUUGGUCAAACGCUGUAGUCUAGAAGGCUUAUUCAAUUUUUUCUUUCUUUUCCUUUUUCAAGAAAACGAGUAUCAUUUGGAUGAGUCUUUUUUGAAUCUUUUCCAAUGACAAGAAAUUCAGUCGAUUGGAGCUCU